UAAACCAAACCAUAAAAAUAGGGUUUUGACGUCUCUCCCAUACCAAAAGAGCAAGUUUUACUACCAGCCGUCUGCUGCGCACUCUGUAGCUAACCAGCAAAGUUUCAACCAUGGCCGUGGGGAAGAACAAGAGGAUUUCCAAGGGAAAGAAGGGAGGAAAGAAGAAGGCAGCUGAUCCAUUUGCGAAGAAGGAUUGGUAUGAUAUCAAGGCUCCUUCAGUUUUUACUACCAGAAAUGUGGGGAAGACUCUUGUUACCCGUACUCAGGGUACCAAGAUUGCUUCAGAAGGACUUAAACACCGUGUGUUUGAGAUUUCACUGGCUGAUCUUCAAGGUGGUGAUGAGGAUCAUGCAUACAGAAAGAUCCGUUUGAGAGCUGAAGAUGUUCAAGGAAAAAAUGUUUUGACCAACUUCUGGGGAAUGAAUUUUACAACUGACAAACUGAGGUCUUUGGUGCGUAAGUGGCAAACACUGAUUGAAGCUCAUGUGGAUGUGAAAACAACUGACAAUUACACUUUGAGAAUGUUCUGCAUUGGAUUCACUAAGAGACGCCCAAACCAGGUUAAAAGGACUUGUUAUGCUCAAUCCAGCCAGAUUAGACAGAUACGCCGGAAGAUGAGCGAGAUAAUGACUGCCCAGGCAUCAUCUUGUGAUUUGAAGGAAUUAGUUCAAAAGUUCAUUCCUGAGAUGAUUGGAAAAGAAAUUGAGAAGGCAACAUCUAGCAUCUAUCCCUUGCAGAAUGUGUUUAUUCGAAAAGUCAAAAUUUUGAAGGCUCCCAAGUUUGAUCUUGGAAAGUUAAUGGAGGUUCAUGGUGAUUACUCAGAAGAUGUUGGUGUGAAAGUAGAGAGGCCUGCUGAUGAGACAAUGGCUGAGGCUACUCCAGAGGUCGUUGGAGCUUGAAUCUAGAAUUGUCUGAGUCUUUUUUUUUUCCUUUUGUUUUUUUCUGCUUCGAAGAGUUUUGUUGAUCAUUUUCUUUUUGUUGAAACUUUGAGUAGAGAAUUUCUCCAUUGUUUGAUGUUAAGGUUGUGAUUUUGCAAUUUAAUAUUAGAUUAGACAAUCUGACUCCUUGGGCAUGUGUGUUGUUGGAAUUGAUCAUCUAUACUAUUAAUGUUAUCCCAUU